AUGCUUUCCACUGUCGCGCGCCCAUUGCUUCGCGCCUCGCUCGCAUCCGUGCCUCGUCGCAUGCCAGUCGCAGCGGCCACGGCAGCCACUGCAUCUUACUCAACCAAGCCGCAGCCGCUGACCAUCCUGACCGAAGACGAGCAGAUGCUGGCCUCGACUGUGCCGCCUCACCAAAACACCCAUCUGCAACAACGACUGAUUCGAAAUGCGAUUGUUGUUGCAAAAUCAUCAUCAUCGACAGUUGCCCGCUUUGCGGAGGACAAGAUCCGACCUCGCGUGCGCCAGAUGGACGCGGUGGGCAAGAUUGACGCCGACAUCCUGAAGGGCCUGCACGAGCAAGGCCUGAUGGGUGUUGAAAUCCCGGCCGAGUAUGGCGGCACGAACGCCAGCUUUAUGAGCGCGUGCUUGGACUGGCCAAGGUCGAUCCGGGCAUCAAAGGACAAGUACCUGCCGCGACUUGCCACCGACAUGGUCGGAAGCUUCUGCCUGUCGGAGGCUGGCAGCGGAAGCGAUGCCUUUGCUCUGCAAACCAAGGCGGAAAAGAAGGGCGACGACUACAUCCUCAACGGCACCAAGAUGUGGAUUACCAACGCUGCCGAGGCCGGCGUUUUCCUGGUCAUGGCCAACGCCGACUUUUCCAAGGGCUACAAGGGCAUCACUUGCUUCAUCGUCGACCGCGACACCCCCGGCCUGGAGAUUGGCAAGAAGGAAGACAAGCUCGGCAUCCGCGCAUCGUCGACCUGCUCGGUCAACUUGACCGACGUGCGUGUUCCGGCAUCGAACAUUCUCGGCAAGUUCGGUCAGGGCUACAAGUACGCCAUCAGCAUGCUGAACGAGGGUCGCAUUGGCAUUGGCGCACAGAUGCUCGGCCUCGCCCAAGGUGUGUUUGACGUGACCAUGCCUUACCUGCAUCAGCGCAAGCAGUUCGGCACCAUCAUUGCCGAAUUCCAAGGCAUGCAGCACCAGAUUGCGCAAGUCGCCACUGAAAUCACGGCUGCUCGUCUGCUGGUCUACAACGCUGCGCGUCUGCAGGAGGCUGGCCGCCCGGUCGCUCAAGAAGCCGCGAUGGCCAAGCUGUAUGCCUCCCAGGUUGCUGAGACCAGCGCCUCCAAGUGCAUCGAGUGGCUUGGCGGUGUGGGUUUCACCAAGGACUUCCCUGCAGAGAAGUACUAUCGUGAUGUCAAGAUUGGCAAGAUCUACGAAGGUACCUCCAACAUUCAGCUGUCGACAAUCGCCAAGUCCAUUUCUGCGCAAUACCGCAGCUAA